UAACAACAAAGUGGAGGAUCUCUCUCAUUCUAAAAGUCCCAUCAUGACAGCUGCAACUUUCUUCUUCACACUCUCUCUCACUUCCUUUUCUUUGUUCAAUUCGUUAAACGCCAUUCCCUCUACUCCACUUGCUUAUUGUUCUCAUCUUUCUCUUCGAUUUAUCGUUUUAUCUCUUUCUCUUGCUGGCCUUGUUUAUGUGACAGAUUACUGAGUUUUGCCAACCCAAGUAGACAAAGAGGAAGGAGAGGAUGUCUGAGUACAAAGCUGCGUUUCUGAAUGAUGAGCUCUCAAAACGUACUUUUAUAUUUGGUCUCCGCUUGUGGGUGGUAUUGGGUAUCUGUGUUGGAGCUGCCUUUGUUCUUAUGCUCUUUCUGAUAUCACUCUGGUUCACUUCAAAACGCAAUACCUCUGCAAAGUACAAUCAUUCUCAGAAACCCACGAUCCCAAAUGUCUCUAAGGAGAUACAAGAGAUCCGAAUCGACCGUGCCAGGAACCAAACUCGCCACCAACAAGACCCAAAGCCUCAUCAACAGCUAGCGCGACUUCCUCCAAACCACCCCUUACCCGAUUCGGAAUCGGUUGGCACAAUUGAGCGACAAGCUCUGCUUCUCCCGCCGGGGGAAGAAAGCCCAAUUGGGAUUCACAGAAUUCACAUUGAAAUUGGAAAGGACCAUAGAAUUUCAUACCCUGAACGUGGUGGUGGGUCUUCGCAUGGCAGUGGGGAGACUCGCUUAGUUGAUCAGGUGCCCAUAGCUGCCCCAGAGGUUUCUCAUUUGGGUUGGGGUCAUUGGUAUACCCUUAGAGAGCUUGAGGCCUCAACGAAUGGGUUUGCUGACGAGAAUGUAAUCGGCGAGGGUGGGUAUGGAAUUGUCUACCGUGGAGACAUGGAGGAUAACACCUAUGUUGCAGUGAAGAACUUGCUCAAUAACAGGGGUCAAGCUGAGAGGGAGUUCAAGGUUGAAGUUGAAGCAAUUGGACGUGUUCGGCAUAAGAAUUUAGUGAGAUUACUUGGCUACUGUGCCGAAGGAGCUCAUAGGAUGCUUGUAUACGAGUACGUAAAUAAUGGUAACUUAGAACAGUGGCUCCAUGGGGAUGUAGGUCCUUACAGCCCUCUUACGUGGGAAAUUCGGAUGAACAUCAUCCUUGGAACAGCCAAAGGGUUGACAUACCUUCAUGAGGGACUCGAGCCAAAGGUUGUUCACCGGGACAUUAAAUCGAGCAACAUUUUGCUUGACAAGCAAUGGAACCCCAAGGUUUCGGACUUUGGACUUGCCAAGCUUUUGGGCUCGGAGAGGAGUUAUGUCACAACUCGUGUGAUGGGAACAUUUGGCUAUGUGGCUCCUGAAUAUGCAAGUACUGGCAUGUUAAACGAAAGAAGUGAUGUAUAUAGUUUUGGGAUUUUUAUUAUGGAGAUAAUUACUGGGAGGAACCCUGUUGAUUACAACCGUCCUCCUGGAGAGGUGAACCUGGUUGAGUGGCUUAAGACAAUGGUUGCAAAUCGGAAUGCUGAAGGGGUGUUGGACCCUAAGAUACCUGAGAGGCCUUCAUCAAGGGCAUUGAAGCGAGCUCUCUUAGUAGCUUUACGUUGUGUUGACCCCGAUGCACAGAAGAGGCCAAAGAUGGGACAUGUGAUACAUAUGCUAGAUGUUGAUGAUUUCACCUUCCGAGAUGAUCGUCGAGCUGGGAGAGACCCAGGACGCCCAAAGGACAAGUUGAUGGAGAAACGGGUGAUAGAAUCAGGUGAUAGCAGUGGGUAUGAAAGUGGCACGCAGGCCAAUAGGGCUAGUUGGAGGAAGCAAGAAUGCCAGGAAGAGCAGUAGAUCAAUGUGGCUAAAGUAAAAUGUGAAUGGCAGAUCAAUUGAACAUCUGGCCUGCUACUCCCAAUCCAGAGCUGGCCCAUUCAAAUACCAUUUAUAUCAUCCUCUUACAUUGGUUGGAUCAAAUUUAGUUUUAAGCUAUGGCUUUUGUGUAUCAUGUAGGAGUCUACUAAUAUAGUGUAUGCUGUAUGAUGAUUCAACC